AUGAGCACAAAUGGAAUUGUGACGAACUCAGUGAAAAAGGAAAAAGCCGAAAAACGACCACCGAAACUCUACACAUUGAGAGCCGCCAGCGACCAUUUUGAGAAAAAUUCCCGCUCGAGAAAUGUCGAUUGUGGAAGAGGGAUCACGAGAACACUAGCAUGGAAUGUUGAUGGUACAAAGCUAGCCGCCGGAUCUCAAGAUGGAUAUCUCUUGGUUGGUGGCGUUGAUUCCGGAUUUCGUGUUCACAGCAAUUUCCAAAGCACAAAUCACGGCGAUGAGGUGCAUUCAAUCUCGUUUCAUCCGAAACUUCCCAAUAUUGUCGCCAGCGCCUCUGGGAAUAAAUCGAUCAAUUUAUGGGAUGUUCGAGUGACGAAAGCGGCUUCAACCCUGAACACAAAAACUGGGAACCUCUUUUGCACUUGGUCUCCAUGUGGCAAUUAUUUGGCCUACACUGGGAAAGAUGAUCGAGUGAGAAUAUUGGAUACGCGGACUUUCACGGAUUUGGAUUUGGUUUAUUCAUCGAAAUUACAAAUUUGGGAUGUUGCUUUUGACUCGACAGGAGAGCUCUUGUUUGUAGCAGCAGCUACCGGGAAAAUCAAUAUACUGAAAAGUCAAGAUCUAAAGCUUCUGCAAUCGAGGCAAGCUCAUUCUACAGGCUCGAAUUGCAUGUCGUUUGCAAUGUCACGUGAUGGAAAUCAAUUGGCAUGCGGAGCGAGUGAUGCUUUAAUCUCGUUAUGGAAUGUUGAUGACAUGUCUUGCGAAAGGUGCAUAGGCAGAUUUGAUUGGCCCGUUAGAUCGGUGUCUUUCACGCACGAUGGGCGCAUGCUAGCAGGAGCUAGUGAAGACCAUCAUAUCGACAUUGCUUGGACGGAUACAGCGGAACGGGUUUACGAACUGAAACACGAUGCGGAAACUUUUUGCGUCACUUGGCACCCGACCAAUUACGUCUUGGCUUAUUCAGGAGCUGAGCAAAGCGGAGGAAGAGAAAAACCUUUUAUUAAAGUUUUCGGAUUACAUUCU